AUGGAGGAGUCCACCGCCCCCGUGAUCCUGGUCACCGCCGGCAGCGCCGGCCUCGGCGCCGCCGCCGUCCGGCUCUUCGCGAAGCACGGCUACCGCGUCGUCGUGAACUACAGCAGCAACGCCGAGCGCGCCACCAAGCUCCUGAACGAGCUGCUGACUUUAUCCGGCAUCACUCCCAACGACGAGGACGAGGACCUCGCAUUAAGUCGUCGUUUCGUUGCGAUCCGGGCCGACCUGGGCAGCCGCGACGAGAUCGCGCGGCUCGUGCGGGAGACGGUCAAGCGCUUCGGGCGCCUCGACAUCGUCUUCUCCAACGGCGGCUGGACGCGCGCGCGCGGCAUGGUCAGCAUCGACGACAACUGCUUCGAGGACGAAUGGGAUCGUGCUUUUAACAUGAACGUCAAGGCCCAUUUGUGGCUCAUGCAGGCCGCGAGGGCGCACCUCGAUGAGACCGAGGGGGCGUUCGUCACUACGGCUUCGCUUGCUGGGGUGAACCAUAGCGGUAGCUCAUUGGUGAGAGACUCUGAACGCGCCUUGGAAAUUUGGAGUAACACGAUGGCAGCCCCGAAGAUCAGGGUCAACUCCGUGUCCCCUGGCCUGCUUCUCACGGAAUGGGCAGAGAAGUUCACCGACGAGCAGAAGGAGGCGCAUCUGCAGAAGACCAAGCUCAAGCGAAUCGUGACGGUCGAGGACGUGGCCGAGCAGGUUCUCACCUUCGCCAAGAGCAGGAGUAUGACGGGUGUAAAUGUACUCAUGGACGCCGGGUUCGUCUUGUGA